AUUGUAAUAAAUUAAGUAUUAAAAAAAUAAAUAAAAACAAACACAUACCAAUACAAGCGUAAUAUUAAAUAUAAUUGUAUUUAAAAAAAUAUAUGUAUAUUUCAUUUUUUUUUUUUGUAUACAUAAACAACGUUCAGUAGUUUUUUCGAUAAUUUUUUUAUAGCCCUCGAAACAGAUGAAUGAGUAGCACGCGGUCCGAGAUUUUCAUUCGAUACCAAUAACAUUCGAGUACUUUUUUUUUGUUUUGUUUUUUAACCAUCCGCUUUUUCGUUAACGUUUCGGUUGCUCUUGUCGGCCGGUUGCCGUCGUCGUCGGUGCGUGUGCUCGAACAAAAUAUUAUACACAAAAUCGUUUAAUUAAAUCCCGUAGACCACCACCGGAAAUGGCUCUGCUCGGCGACCACUGCGGCAGACAGCAGAUAUCGACUUUGGUAGCGCACCGAGAGAGGCCGUUUUGCACGGAGCGCACUGCCAGGGCUAUUGCCAGGGUCGGGCAGGGAGUCAACUUGGCCAUCGAGCGGUUCGUGACCGUCGGCGAGACCAUUGCCGACGACAACCCGGAGAUAAAAGGCGACAUGUACCAGGCGUGCAAGGAGGCCAGGGCGGCAGGUGCCUCCAUCGAAAAACUAUGCGAAGCCGUAUUUGAAGAUUCGAUAAACGACCGAGCUGCAGUAAUACGAGCUGCCCGAUGCCUAUUAAGUUCGGUUACCAGAGUUCUUCUGUUAGCUGACGUAGUUGUUGUCAAACAGUUAAUUUUAGUCAAAGACAAGGUGUCGCGGAGUCUCGGUCGUUUGGAAGGUGUGAGCAAUUUCACCGAGUUCGUCAAAGCGUUCAGCAACUUUGGCACUGAAAUGGUGGAACUUGCCCAUCUUACUGGAGAACGUCAAAACGACAUGAAAGACGAACGGAGGCGCUCUCAAAUGGCUGCUGCUAGACAAGUUCUGGAACGGUCUACCAUGUUGUUGCUGACCUCGUCCAAAGCUUGUCUACGGCAUCCGGACAGCUCGGAGGCUAGCCAAAACCGAGACACGGUCUUCUGCCAGAUGCGCAGGGCUAUGGAUCUUAUCCAUUAUGUAGUCAAAGACGGCGUGUGGGAAGGAGGUGGCGAGCCCGCAUCCCUGACACCGUACAUAUCAGAGCAGGACGGUGGCGACACACUUGGCCACGCGCUCAACGUUCUGGACUCGUUCGUCGACAUGACCAGGUUGACUCUAGUUCUGGGCGAAAAGGACACACUGCUACGAACCAUGGACAUGAUCAUGGAACGCACGCAAGACUUCACUGACAGCGCGUACACGAGACACGAACACCGGGAAAACAUAUUGACACUAUGUGAUCGAGUGAAAACUCAUUUGGAUCAACUAAUCAGAGCUGGUGCCAGACUGGAACAAUGUGACGAGUAUUCGCCGACCAAGUCGCUGGAAGUGGCCGUUAAUCAGUGUUUGGACGCUACCAAGGAGCUCAGGGCCCAACUCAUAGCCACGUGCAAAGAACAAUCCCACGACCUUCCACUGAUAAUCAGAACGGGAUACGAUCUUGUCACGUGCAUACAAACUACGUCGGUGGACGGUGACGUGGACGGUCUCAACAAAUAUGGCGAUCAGUUUAUCGAAGUGGUCGAUCAAAUAGGAGAAAUAUGUAAAGUAUUAAGGCACAUAGCAAAUUCCGAAGCCAUUCAGGUGUCGGCCAAACACGCUGAAAUUAAUUUAAGGGUGUACGCCCCUCAAAUCGUUACUGCCGCUCAAGCGUUGGCUCGAUAUCCCUGUUCCAAUAUAGUCAAGGAAAACCUCGAAGUGUUUGCGAACAUGUGGCAGGCCUUAACCGAAGACGUUUCUUCGGUGUGUAAAGACAUCAUGGAAAAACAACUUCCAGAAAAACAAAUGUACAUGUCCCUUCCGAGGCCAGGUAAACACGGUACUACGACUAAGCCUUUGAAAUCCGUCAGAUUAGACUUGUCUGAACAAAACCAGAUAGCCAAAGCUGGUUUGGAAAUGAAAUUAGCGUCCAGCGAGGUGGAAGCAGAGGCGGACAGGUGGGGCGCCGGGGAAGAAGAAGAAGAAGGUGCUAAUGAAGAAGGCGCAUGCUUGGACGAACGAGGCAACGCGUCCAAAGCACACGAAGACAACGACAUUGUGCGCAGGGCAAAAAAUAUGUCUGGCAUGGCGCUAAGCAUGUACGAGUUUACCAAAGGUGAUGGCGGUUCUUCGUUGAGGACUACUCAAGAUUUGUUUACGCAGGCUGAAUAUUUGGCAGAAGAAGCUAACCGACUGUACAAAUUGGUCAGACAGUUUUCAUAUCAGGUGCCCAUGGGCGCAAACAAAAAAGAACUUCUAGAACAAUUGGAUCAAGUGCCAACAUACGUUCAGCAGUUGCAGUUCACCGUGAAAAUGCCCACCGUAGGCAAAUCGGCCACGUUUACCAAAGUGGACAGUGUUAUUAACGAAACUAAAACGCUUAUGAAUGUCAUAUCAAAAGUCGUUACCACUUGCUUUGUCUGUGCUACAAAAUACAACCUGGACUUCCAAGGACUGUCGGCCAGAACCGGUGGAUACGGAGACCGAGGUGAAGACGGCAGUGGUGCUGGGUCCGGUGGCGAAGGCGGCAAAAUGAGUGGAGGAUCAGGCUCGGAUGGGUCCAUGUGACAGUUUGGGAUGGGGCGGAGGAGCAAAGGAGACGGCCGUCGCACUCGCGUGUCGUUCCUGCUUUUCUAAGCCCGUGCUUUAGCGGAAGGCACAAAACUCCAAACAAAAAAAAACACUGUCCUCGACGGCGGCUAGCCCCGGCGCGAACCGGCCUUCGUGUGUUUUUAUAUAUAUAUAUAUACAGCCCAGGAAACUUGACCAUUUCCAAAUUGUCUACUCAAGUUACCGGAUAGUUCUCGCUCAACCAUAUAUUAUGUAUACCUAAGUAAUAAUAAUAAUGUAAACAAUGUUUUAAUAAUCGGUUAAUUUUUUUUAUAAACAGCAAUCACACAAUCUUAGGAACGACUUUUUGGAAGCACGCUCGGCAUAAUUAUUUUUACUAUAGGUACCUACUUACGUUAUUAUUUCUCAUAGCUCGCGGCCUCUUAUCAUUUACUUAUAAUUUAACAGCGAUAAAUCGCUAAUGUUUUUAAAAAAAAAUGUUCGAAAAGUUGGCUGCAACAUUUGAUAACGUCGGCAAAUUCGGCAUUUUCAUCUUUUGGCAACACUGCUGCUAAAUAUUGCAAGUGCUCGUAUUGUAAGUAUACCAACAUUAUACACAGUAAUAUGCAAAAAAUAAGAAUUGAUUAACUAUUAUUAUUUUAUAAUUUAUUAAAGCUAUUUUUAAAAAAAUAGGACAAUAAUGUGCUUUGGAGACGACACACGCAUAAAAAGACAAUACUUUUCUACAAUUGGCUGUUUUAUUUUGAGAGCAUAAUAAUAUUACAAAUUUGGAUUAGCCUUUUCUCUUUGAUCGAGCGUUGUUGAAAAUUUUAUUUAUAUUUAAUCGAACUAAACUUAAGUACAAUCUUAAGCUUACACACAUAGACAAUCACACGUUGACGAUAUCGAGUAGGAUUUUUUUUUUGUUUUCGAAUGGAACAUAAUUAUCAAUAUGUCAUGUGCAUUUUUCGUAUACACAAGCGGUUUAUAUUAUUUUUUUUUUUACCAUGUUAAAAUCAUUGUCAAUGUGUACUGAAUGUUUAGAUUCAUAUUCAUCUGUCGUUCGCAUGUUAAUGGAAUCUCUUGAUUGGUUUUGAUUUGAAUUUUGAUAUAAUUAUUGUACAUAAAUGACAAUUAUAUCAUGUCUAUGUACCGCUUAGCUGUGUUGUCUAUACACGGUUUUUUUUUCAAACACCUUUUGCUAUUCAUCACCCGUACAUUAACAGCUAUUCACAAUUUUGGCUUUAAUAAAAUAGGCACAUAAAGCUAAACAAAUUUAAAUGAAUCUAUAAUUCGUAUAUUAUUAAGACAUCACAUAAAGCGUUCGUCUUCCACAAAAUAUUAUCUCAGAGUUUCAAAUAGAACGAUCUACAUGUUAUUAUUGUCUUCCCCUAGUUGUGUUCCAUUGUCCUAAUAAAAAUUAACUUCCGGCGUGUUUUAGCGAUUAACAAAAGUUUUGUUGUAUUUUUUUUCAUUUUUAACGCGAACGUUUCCAAGUGAUCGACAGCGUGUCUCUGUAAUGCCAAAUUUUAAAUGAUUCUCAAUUAUUGUGUUGUUGUAUUUUGUUGAAUAUUGAGUAACAUUGAAAUUUUACACGUUACACGAAAUUAAACUGUGCCAAAUAUUUAUCCGAUCAGUUUUAUUUGAAAUUAUUUUGUUAAUAUUUUCCAAAAGAAAAUAGUAUCCAACAAGGAAAAUAAAAAAAACACAAACAAAUACUAUUUAGUAGUUUUUAUGUUGUACUUAACGGGCUGCUCUCCAACUGACGUCCAGUCAAAUCGUAUAUAUAAAUUAUAUAUGUUUUAAACGAAUUACUUAAAAUUAGUUAUGUAUUAAUAAAAAAAAAAAUGUGUAUAUAUUAUUAUUAUAAAUGUAACUGUAUAUUUAUGUUAUUAUAUCUCUCAAUAAUCCAUGUUAUUGUUUUUGUUGAAAACAUUACAGCGAAAUUGACGCAGUAAUAAUAGUUUAAUACAUUCAAUUAGUUUGUAGGUUGUUGUUCAGAACGAGUAAAUUUUUUUAAUAAUCCAAAUAUUAUUUUUAAUUUUUAAUAAUAGAUAUUGUUUGAUAUCACAUUACAUAAUAAUCUAUACAAAUUAACCCAUAGUUAUAAAAAAAAACCUUGAUAGAGCAUCAGAAAGCAUAACAUACUGAAAUUAUAAUUGGUUUUUUAUAUUUUUAAUUGUGCGAUAUUUAAUUGCAUAAUAAUAUUUUGUUCAGCUGUUUCGAAAAAAAAAAAACAUAGCCAAAAAGCAAUUUAAUUGUUAUUAUCUCUCUCUCGUCAGAUAAAGUUUGGUAAUUAUUUUUUAAUUUUUAAGUACAGGUACUAAAUCGCGAUAAAAGGUCAUAAUGUUAUUCAUUUAUGUGUUUAACAAAAAUAGACAUCGACUUUUGAGGUCAAACAUUUUAUAUUUAUUUCGCCGAUAAACGUCAAAUUUCUUUUUUAACAUAAAACGAUUCAAAUUUGUUUUUAUAUAUUUAUUUAUGUAUCAUAAGAAUAAAAUAUAUUUUGAACGUUAAAUUGCUUAAGAAUAUAUUUUUGUUUGAUUUAUAAAAAAAAAAAAUGUUUUGCUAUUAAUGCCACAUAAUAUUAUGUAUGUAUUACCUAUUGUGGAAGAGAGUCAUAAUUUAAGUAUUCCCAGUUGACAACAAAGUAAAGUUUUAAAAUAAUUUUCAGUAUUUUAUAAGUUUUUUUUUGGUCAUAAAAAUUGAAUUCCAUCAAAAAUGAUAUGUUAUUACUGUUAAUAGAUUUACACUAUUUAAAUAAAUAUACAUUUGGUAAACAACAUUUGCAAGACAUUAUAUUUCUGACCAAAAAAUGAUUAAAAAAUAUUAAAAAUUGUUUUCAAAAUAUUUUGAUAUUUUUUCCAACUGGGUUGUAUGUAAGACCGAAAUGAUUGAAUUUAAUUUUUGUCUUCAUACAAAACCAAAGAAAAUAGUAGUAAACGCAUAAUAAUGGUGGUCCUUACUUGGCGUUGGAUAGCUGUCAUUCGGUUUCAGAUGUUGAACAAAUAUUUCCCUAAAUUUUUCUGAUUUUUAUUUAGUCCUCAGCUAUGUUUCCCUGAUAUUGUUCUUUAAGUUUUUAUUAAAAAUAGACAAAUAUACGAAUGUGCAUAGGUUUUCAAUUGAGUGUACAACUAGGAUAAUUCUCAGCAAUGCGAUUAUCAAGUUUUUAUUUGUACUUGGUUUUUAUAUCAGAUUGUUCUGAUAGUAAGCUUAAUUUGAACCUGUGUAAAAUUGUAUAUUUUUUCUACAUAGUAAUAAAUAUGACGUAUAAACACAAAAGAUCUGAACAAUUUAGAGACAUUUUGUUUAAACAUUUUGACCCAAAUAAUAGGUAUCUAACUUAUAAUUCCACAAUAAACCAUAACGACCCUCUUCUAUCCCUAUAUGUAUCAAAUACAUGUACGUUGUAUUUAUAAUCAACCGUUUUUCCAACUAAUACGUUUUAUAAGUGCGCUUAAUUUUUAUGUUAUGAUUAAAUAAUAUUUUGCUAUAUACAUUUUUGUACACCAAAUUAAGUAAACUGUGAAACAACUUUAAGCUGCAUUGAAAAUGUAUAUCAUGCACAAUAGUUAAUAUUUAAAUGUCCGACAAUCUUACUGGUCAAUAAUGAUAUAAUAACUUUUUGAUUAUAAUAUUAAGUGUUUUAUUAUUAUUAUUUAUUUUUUUUAUUAAUAUUAUUAUUAUCAUCAUCAUUAUCAUUGUUACGAAUCUUUUCAAAUAAAAUAUAUUGUAAACGUUAUAAAAUAUGGAUUGUACCUUGUUUAUUAGGAAAAAUGUUUGUUUUUACAUUUAGGUCUACAAAAAAUCAACUUAUUUUUUUAUCACCGUUAGAAUGCGAAAAUAACCUUUUGAUGGUAUUUAUGGUAACCGUCACGCUGCUAAAUAUUAUUAAUACAACAAAAAAUAUUAUGUUGUUAAAAUGUCAAAACUUAUUUAACAAACUGUGUAUAAUAUUAAAUAUAAUAUAUAAUAUUUUUUAGGAAUUAAACUAAAAUAUAUACUUUUAUCGUUAACAUUUUGGGUAUCGUUUUAAAACGUUGGUGAUUUCAUUUUUUUAUCAAUAAUAAUUACUGGAAAAAUUGUUAUAGAAUGAGUUUUUGUCCGAAUAACGUUUUUUGACUUUGUAUUUCGUCGUU